AUGGAACACAAAGAAGAAGUUGUACAUACUGAAGACUCGGCCAUGGCCGUCGACGAGAAGGCGCAAGCUGUUGUGCAUGAUGCCACAGCCCGUGGGCAGAUGCUGACAGGAUACGAAGAAUUCAGCUGGUUGCAAACUCUCAAAGCCUUCAAAAUCUCUGUUUUGUAUUGUUUGUUGGUAACCCUCGCGGGCGCUGCAGACGGCUAUCAAAUUGGUAUGAAUGGCUCCAUCAUAGCCCAGUCAGGCUAUGUCCGACAAUUUGCAACGACAACAACAGCCGAUGGAAAACCCGCGUUGUCGGCGCAAGAGCUGGUUGCCAUCGGCGGAACCACCCAGUCUCUUGGGCAGGUUGUUGGCAUGACUACGAUGCCGUUCUUGUGUGAUCGAUUUGGGCGGAAGAUUGGGUUCUACGCCCUUUGGAUCAUUCUCGCGCUGAGUGUGAUGACGGAAUGCCUGUCCACAUCUUGGCCACAUUGGAUGAUCGCCAAACUCCUCUCUGGAAUUGGUGUUGGGUCUCUUCAAUUCCUCACCCCAACCUACAUUGCAGAAAUUUGUCCACCCAAGAUACGAGGCGCGUUGAUGAUCUCAUAUAGUUGGUGGUUUGCUCUCGGCGUCCUGUUGGCACCAAUUGCCCUUCAAGUCAUGAAUUCGAAUGACCCCUCCGAUUGGCAUCUCCCCAUCUAUACACAAUGGGCCCAUAUCGGAUUGAUGCUGGUCAUCUACAUAGCGCUUCCAGAAUCACCGUAUUGGUGCGCAACUGUGAAGAAGCAGGAAGAAGGAAAGAAGUUACUCAAGCGCAUAAACGGCACUAUCCCAAAUUAUAAUGUCGAAAGGCAAUGGGCAGUGAUCCUUUGCACCGUCGAACAUGAGCGGGAAGUCGCUGCGGCGAAUGCUGGGGGCAAAUGGACUGACAUUUUCAAAGGAAGAGACCUGCUCCGAACCAUGAUUGCAAGCUGGUGUCUUACCGGCUCACAAUUUCUUGGUCUCACAGUUUUGAACAACUAUGCUGCUUACUUUUAUCAGCAAGUCGGACUAAGCAAUGUUUUUGCGCUCACAGCCAUCACCAAGGCACCUCAAUUGGGGGUGGUUCUGGCCCUGAUGGUGCUCAUCGACAGAUUUGGCCGCCGCGUUGUGGCAUGCACGUCCCUCACCCUCAUGUGGAUUUGUGACCUGGGAAUCGGUAUUUUAGGUCUCGUCCCGCAAUCCUCUCAGGUAAAGGGACUUCUCGUGUUCUUGGCCGCAAUGUUCACAUGCGCUGCGAGUGUCGCUUCUGCCAUCGGAUACGGAUUUCUCGGUGAAAUUCCUUCGCAGCGUCAUCGCGUGCACACAGCCGGCUUUGCAGCAGCCGUGGCUAGCGUCAUGGGUAUAGUCAACAAUGUCAUGGUGCCAUACAUGCUAAGUAAGACUGCCUGGAACUGGGGACUGAAGUCGACGUUCUAUUACUUUGGUCUUGGAGCUGCUUUUGCCAUCGGCUCUUGGUUUGUCAUUCCAGAACCCGCAGGGCGCACGUUUGCCGAGCUAGAUGAAAUGUUUGAGAACAAGGUAAAGCCCUGGCGGUUCCGUUCUUACAGAACGGCCACUCAGCAUGCGGUGGACGCCCAACGCAGGGCUGAAGAGAGAAGGAUGGGAGCAAAUACGGAUAUUUAA